AUGCAGAGAAUUCGAAGAUUCCUAAAUAGGACAAGUGAGUUUAAAAAGAUUCUUGGUAUUAAAUGGAAUCCUGACAGGGAUAUUAUUCAAAUAACCUUAAAACCUCAGAAUGAUCAAGAACCAACAAAAAGAACGAUAUUGCAGUUCUUAGCUUCUCAAUAUGAUUCCUAUUACCAAGUACAAUAUCGAUCAAACUAUUUCUUCAAAAUCGGAAAAAAGGAAGGGGACCAAUCAAUAAGUAUGAAAGAUCAGAAAAUAUGGAAAGAUAUUAUAUGCGGAUGGCCAAUAUAUGUGUUGCAAUCGAUCCAUCACAAUUUACGAGAAUUCAUGUUUUCUCAGACGCUUUCUCAGUCGCUAUUUCAGUAUACUUUAAAAAAUUUCCUUUUGAAUAAAAAUAAACUAAUUUUAAUAUAA